AUGGGUGACGUUUUGGUGGAAAACCCGGCCAACCACUUCGUUUCUCAGAAGAAGACGGCGCCCUCAACAAUCCCUAGUAUUGAGAACUUCGAGGGCAUCUCUUCGGAAGGAGGCGACGACUAUGCCACACUCAAGAAGCUGCAGAGGCAACUGGAGUACAUCCAGCUCCAGGAGGAAUACAUCAAGGAUGAGCAAAGGAGUCUGAAGCGUGAGCUCGUCCGAGCUCAGGAGGAGAUCAAGCGUAUCCAAAGUGUGCCCCUCGUCAUUGGGCAGUUUAUGGAGGCUAUCGACCAGAACACCGGAAUCGUCCAAUCAUCGACCGGUUCGAACUACGUCGUCCGCAUCCUCUCUACCCUCGACCGCGAGAAGCUCAAGCCCUCCUCCUCCGUCGCCCUCCACCGCCACUCCAAUGCCCUCGUCGAUAUCCUCCCUCCCGAAGCCGACUCCUCCAUUGCCAUGCUGGGCGCGGACGAGAAGCCUGACGUGACAUAUGCCGAUGUUGGUGGCCUGGAUAUGCAGAAGCAGGAGAUUCGCGAGGCGGUUGAGCUGCCUCUGACGCACUUCGACCUGUACAAGCAGAUCGGUAUCGACCCCCCUCGUGGUGUCCUGCUGUACGGUCCUCCCGGAACCGGAAAGACCAUGUUGGUCAAGGCCGUCGCCAACUCCACAACUGCCAACUUCAUCCGUGUCGUCGGUUCAGAAUUCGUGCAGAAGUACCUUGGUGAGGGUCCUCGUAUGGUUCGUGACGUCUUCCGCAUGGCUCGCGAGAACGCCCCGGCCAUCAUCUUCAUCGACGAGAUCGACGCCAUUGCGACGAAGCGUUUCGACGCGCAGACCGGUGCCGAUCGUGAGGUCCAGCGUAUUCUCCUCGAAUUGCUCAACCAGAUGGACGGUUUCGACCAGACCGCCAACGUCAAGGUCAUCAUGGCCACCAACCGUGCCGACACCCUCGACCCCGCCCUGCUGCGUCCCGGUCGCCUCGACAGAAAGAUCGAAUUCCCCAGUCUCCGUGAUCGCCGCGAGCGCCGACUCAUCUUCUCCACCAUUGCCAGCAAGAUGUCUCUGGCCCCCGAGGUCGACCUCGACUCCUUGAUCGUGCGCAACGACCCUCUGAGCGGUGCCGUUAUCGCCGCCAUCAUGCAGGAGGCCGGUCUCCGCGCCGUGAGGAAGAACCGUUACAACAUCAUCCAGAGCGACUUGGAGGAUGCCUACUCAAGCCAGGUCAAGGGCACGAGCGACGAGAACAAGUUCGAUUUCUACAAAUAA